AUGUCGACUUUAGUUUGGCAUAUUGUGUUUUUGUUUGUUGUUCGACAUAGUCUCUGUGCUUCCGAUUCGAUUGUUCCCCAGAGUAAGGUGCAAUCGAUAUCUUCUUUGUCGGACAGUAUCGAGAAAAAAAUCGAUACCGAGCACGUAACAUUUGACGAGGAGAAGGCGAAUAAAGAAAGCAACUCUGCUUAUAACACAGGGCAACUAGGAUUUAAUGAACGCAAGCGGGAUGAAAAGAGAUACGACGAGCAGGAUACAGCUCGUAAAGGGCACGGCAAAGGAAGGCAUAGUUCAGGAGAAUCUGAAGUCGUCGAUCAUGAGAAGAAUUCUUUUGAAAGGCAUGGCGGUGGAUAUUACAAAAAAGGGCAUCACAGGACCGGUUUUAGCAACAACUACCAUAAAGACGAGUCGGGAAAUAAUUCAAGCUUUUACGAGGACAGCGAUGACGAGGGGGGCCAUAGGUCGUCAGGGAAUAGUGGUGGUUAUUACGGGCAAAAAUCACAGGACACGUUUAGAGACGGCAGUAGGGUAGAUAGGGCAGAACAGGGAAUAUAUGACAAUAAGCAAAAUUUUAAUGGUUAUUACGAUCGCAUCGGAGGUUAUAAUAAUGAUCGAUACAAAGAAGAUAAAAGAAACUAUCUGAGAGAUGAAGCAAUACGUUCCUUCGAUAAGAAUGGCGGAGAGAUAUAUUAUCAUAGAGAAAAGUAUCAUCCAAUUAUUUAUCGUAAUAACGAUCAUAUACCGUCAUUCGGAUAUUCAGGUUAUUACGUAGAUACAUUACCAGGGGGCUAUUAUAGAGAAGAUCCCAUCGUUAUACCUCGUUCAAGAGAUUAUCGAUACUUUCCACAUCGACGGAGGAAUUAUGACCAAAAGUUAUACUACCCUCGUAGGGGGUAUCACGAAGGAAGUUAUCAAGACAAUUUUUAUGACAAUAGACGUUUGAGCAAAUACAGAAAUGCUUUUCAUAACGGAUACUAUGGAUUUUAA